CCAACACUUACUUCUGCUCUCUAAAUCAGCACAGCUCUAGAAGAUGGGGUCAGAGAUCAAAGUGGUGCCAAUGCGUGUCCUGGUGACGGGUGGAUCUGGGUUGGUGGGCAAAGCCAUUGAGCAUGUGGUGCAGGAGGAAGGUGGGAAACUGGAGGGAGAGGAAUGGAUCUUCCUCUCCUCUAAAGAUGCUGAUCUUGUAGAUGUUGGGCAGACCAGGGCUGUGUUUGAGAAGUAUCGUCCAACUCAUGUCAUCCACUUGGCUGCCAAAGUGGGAGGACUCUAUCUGCACAUGAAGGAGAACCUGCACUUUUUGAGGGACAACAUCAAAAUCAAUGACAACGUGCUACAAACAGCCCACGAGAUGGGCGUCACCAAAAUGGUGUCUUGCCUGUCCAGUUGCAUCUUCCCUGACAAGACAACAUACCCCAUCGAUGAGACUAUGAUACACAACGGACCACCACAUGACUCCAAUUUUGGAUACUCGCAUGCCAAAAGGUUGAUUGAUGUUCAGAACAGGGCGUACUAUCAGCAGUACGGUCAUCGUUACACAGCGGUCAUCCCCACCAAUGUGUUUGGCCCCUAUGACAACUUCAGCAUAGAGAACGGUCACGUGCUGUCGGCACUGGUUAACAAGACGCACACAGCCAAAAAAGAAGGAAGUCCUGUUAACGUUUGUGGCUCUGGAGCUCCGAGGAGACAGUUCAUCUACUCUCUGGAUUUGGGUCGUCUAAUCGUUUGGGUCCUGAGAGAAUAUGAGGAAAUUGACCCCAUUAUCCUCUCUGUGGGUGAAGAGGAGGAAAUCUCAAUCAAAGAGGCUGAGGACUUGAUCGCAAAGGCUCUGGAUUUUACAGGAAAAAUACAAUUUGACACCACCAUGUCUGAUGGCCAGAUGAAGAAGACCGCCAGCAAUGCUAAGCUAAGACGCUACCGCCCCAACUUCACCUUCACACCUCUGAAUGAAGCUAUCAAGAUGACCUGCGACUGGUUCGUGGCCAACUAUGACAUUGCCCGGACAUGA